UCUGAAGUGGUGGAGUUCAACGUGGGCGUAUCUCAUCUAGCCUUGGAUGAGGAGCGCGAGCGGUACACGCGCAUUCGCGAGCGCAUCGAGUCGCUCGUGAUCGCGCUGGGCAGUAAUAAAACUGACGAUGGCAAACUUGAAUUAGAAAAUGCACGGCGGCUUUUGAGAGUCGCAACUGGCAAUACUGAGACGCUGCGCUACCUCGAAACCAUCUCCUGUCUGGAGAACAUCUUUACUGACGUAACCAAAGCUGCAACGGUCACAGCUGUAGGAUUGAGCGCCGAGGACAGCAUUUCGCAGCGUGCCCUCUCAUCUCGGUUUCUUACUGAUAACGUGAAGCAAUGCUGGGACUACACAGCACAACUCUCCAAUCUUGCAGCCAUUCAACUGAAGACAGCAGCGGAUUUCCAUAUUUUCAACCACGAGGCUAAUGAGGUUCGAGCUCACGCCAGUCAACUGAAGAAUCUCUCAGAGAAGCAGCUGGAAGCCUUUUCACCUGCCGGACGCAUCGAUGAGGCCUCUAAUCUAGCCGACGAGAUGAAGGCGAGACUGAGUGCCUUUCAAAGUCUAUCAGACCGUGCCCGGGUCCUUGCCUCGAAGGCGCCCUCGAUUCUACCCGUCGAGAAUCGCCUUCUAGAGGUGCGUGAUGGAGCUUCCGGGAGCUCCGAGCUCGGCGGCCCGUUGAUGGUGCAGCUGUUGAUCGAUUACGUCGGAAGCAACUUCACCGUGAAGAAGGGCGAAUCCCUGCCUCUCAUCGACACUACAGAAAACCCCUACUUAUGGAAGGUGAUGACGCACAAUGGACCACAGUAUAUUCCUUCUAUUGCUUGCAUCAUCGCAUCUGCCAACGGCGAGCAGAUUCAUGAUGCCUAUAAGCCAUUGCCUCAUGUCAAUUUCUUGGAUCCAUGCUACAAUAUUUCUUCUAGAACACUAUCAACUGUGAAAGACGCAUGGAAUGAUGCAGUUGAAAACUAUAGAAGACAACUGGCUAUCUACUACACCAAUUAUCUUGAGGAUGUUGGGCAACGUGGCGGUCUUUAUACGACUGAUUCAAACGGCAAAAGGCGCUUUUUGGAGGACCUUGACCGACUCCUUAUACAUGCUGAUGCCGAUGAAGGCCAUUUGGCUAAUAUCCUGGAGAUGCUGUCGGGUAAAGCAGGCAAGUUUCACAAACACUUCUUUGUUUCGAGACCAGAACAGGCAAACGAAGUUUGGGGCCGCUCAGAACUAAAUCUUCUCCACCAACCUCUACUGUUAUUAAACGAGCACGUUCAGUCCCUCAGAAGAGUGGAUGAAAACGUUGACUCGUAUACAAAUCGUAUGAGGGAAUACGCUUCAACAAUUACUUCGGAGGCUCGUGGACUUCAGGCUCAGCUGGAAAGUCUCAGAAUGACGCAUGAUCGAAAUCGGGCAGAAUUAAAAGAGCUCUACGACCGCGUGCACAACUGGAAGACGGCAUACACCGAGUCCCUCAAUGGACCUACCAGUGGAGUUGGUCGCCUCAUAAUCUCUAGUGUCUCAUCAAGUUCUGGUAUUUCCUCAGAAGAACUCCCGCCCAUUCCAAUACCACCAUCUCCAUUUGGACGCAUUACGCCCGUAGAGCUUUCUUUAACUCAGGAGGACGAGGAAUCAGAUGUAGAAUUUCUGGAAACGCGAGAACGCAAACGCCCCAAAAUGAAUGUAGCUCUUCUACAGGCUAAGGAUGUGUCCCGCAAUGAAAAAUCGACGGUGUUUACGUGCGGAGCCAAUCUGCAUCCAAGACAGACACAUGGUAGCCUCAAUGUCAACCAAGCUAGUGCACAAAAAGCAAAGACAUUUCGUGAUUUUCCAACACAAACUACCCAUCGUCGUGUCAUUCAAAACACUCAGACAGAGCUGACCGGUAACCUUGUAAGCUGCAAAUUUGCAGGUACACAGAGUGAAUCCAAUCGAGUUGAUUGCAUGACACAAAUUGGUUGGAUUAAAGCACAAAAAGCACAGCAGGUUGAUGGCUCCAUCAUAUCGGCAGCCAUGGAAGUCGCUGAGAGCACCCCAUCUUCUGCUUCUGCAAUGGGAGGAGCCACACCCGAUAGAGCGUAUGAAACCUACACCACUGGUCCAGCAAAAGGUACAACCGCUUACUGUGAAACUGCAACAUCUGGUGUGAAGAAACAAGAUUUGAUUUUUCAGAUUGGCGAUGCCCGAACUUUGACAGGGUCCGAAAGUAGUACAUCAAAUCGCAAAUGGGGAGCAUCUGAACUCGAUGCUCACUCAAUUGAUUCCGGAGCUUUUGAAACCCAUGUGGCUACGGGAAGAUUAAAUUUCGAAACUAGGAAGGAAAGUCGUGACAUAGUUACACAAAUUCACUCAACUAGGGACACAUCAAAUUUUGGAAGUCAGCAUAAUCUGGAAUGUCGCACAAGGGAAUCGAUUAGCAGGAAAGGUCAACCUAAACAGAAGGAAAGUGAAAUUCAAGUGGGGUCAUCGGAGCUGAAAACUGGUAACAUAGAGUUCAGCCGAACCUUUAGUAACACCAAUCUCCAAACGAAAACAGAUAGAAGCUCUAGAAAAGUGGAAACGACUCCAUGCUCGUUGAAAUCUUGCGAUGUUGAGGCUCAAAUUUUCCAUGCUCCAAACAUUCCUAGAGCCUAUGAUGGGAUGCAGUGUCGUAAAUGUGCUAGUCACCAGAAUCACGUUCAGGGAGACUCUAAAGAAUUCAAGAAAGACACAUCAUAUUGUGAACUAAAUGCUAAUGAUCUAGCCCUCUCUGACGUUGACGUGCAGGUCAGCAGGCCAGUUCUGGUGGAAGCUUCGGUAGUAAACGGUAUGGGGAAACCAAAGGUUGUAGCUGAGUGUACAUGUUUUGAAAAGGCAUCACGAGAAACGAAAGAUCGGAAGAACUUAUCGAUGAGUCAUUUCUGUGCUCUUCAUCAGCCCAUAUCAUUCCAUUUCACUCCCCCAUGCUAUGCUCAAUGCGAAACACCAAUUCGAAUGCAAGAAACCAGUUCCUUUUUCACUAAUCAGAUGGUAAGCCGUCACACGGUAAGUCCUAGGCUUGCCCCAAAAGAAGUCAAAAUUUCAACAGUGAGUGCUAAACCCGCUGAUAGAUCGUUUACAGAACGAUUUUGGCUUGAGGAUGCCGGCACCAAUACCACCUCACCAACCUCCCGCAUGAAUUCUCGAGAGGGUGCCGUGACUGAGUUUGCCACACCAAUUCGUAAUACGGAUGUAGGGAGUGUUUCCUUUCCUAAGAAAACUGCAGAUCGCAGUACCACAGCACCGAGAUUGGCUGCAGGCACAGAGGCUCAAAUAACAGCCAAUCGACUGCAAUAUGGUGAAACUGAACAAUUCUCUGGCGAUUCCUCUUUUGAGCCAAUUCACUUAGCCAAAUGCGCAACCAAACGCGUUUAUUCUGAGGUCUCAUGUCAAGUCGGAACAAUUUUAAAGCCCGAGAUCAUGGAAAUUAGUACAGUACCCCUCCAACUCACCGAAGUUGAUCAAUCAAACCAUCGAGACAGGAAUUUGAACGCCGUUAUUUGCCCAACAAGGGUUUUCGUGAAUCCAGUUCUCACUGAAGAAGCAGGGAUUAAUGUUGCGAAAAUGCAAGACAUGCAUCACCUGAAUGUGAAGAUAGCUGAUAGGAUGUAUGAUGCAUCGGUGGCUCAGACUUCCAGAAUGCGAGCACAACAGGAGGUAAGUCAUGAUAAGCGGCAAAUUUGCACAUUAGAAAUGAAUUUAAAGAACGAACAGAUGGACAACCACACAACGACUGCUCCAUAUAGUGCUACAGAAGCUGGCAUCACUAUUACACUGAAUAGGCAGAGACAACGGCAUUGCCACUGCCAAUUUGAAACAUCUCAUGUAGAUUCAGCAAUAUUGGAGACUUCGACUUCAAGAGCACCUCCGUCAGCAAUUUCAAAGUCAACUCAAGUUGGUACAACUCUGACCCCCACUCGAGUUCAAAUCGUCGGAAUCGGUACAAAGCCCAAGAUUCCACUCGAAAUCGGUGAUUUCAGCGCCGUGGUGCAAAACGUUGUUUGCCCCUCUACUGUUGAACUUGUCUCUUCACUUGAUGAAACAGGUGGUAUCAAGGUGAAGGAUAUUUCUGAGGUCGAUGCCGUAAACAUUCUUGUUGAAGGAUCUACGUUUUAUGCGAAUGCGAGCAACCGAAUGCAUCAUGGUAGUGUUGAUCACAGUAAGGAAGAAUUAACACCAGAUAAAACAAAGCCAACAGCAAAGAAAUCAGGAAUUUGCCAUGCAAGUGGUGAACCACUUAUGCAACAAGCUAGAUUCGAAAUAGUCAGUACGAAAGUGAGCGAGCUAUGCAACUUUUGCCACGGUACUGGGAAGAGAGUUGCAGCUCAAGUAAAUUCUCAAGACCGCAGAGCUACUUCUACCACUUCAACUGCCUACCAACAGCCUGCGAAUCAGAAAAUUCAAGGCUCCAAAGUGGCAAACGUCGAAUGCCAGGUUGGUGCGAUCCUCCGACCUACACGAGUUCACGUUGCCAACGUCGAAAUUCGACCAAGAACAGCUGAACUUGCUAGACAAAUGGGCAUGACUCCGAAUGCAAUAAUCUGCCCUUCGACCAUUGAGUUGCAGACGGAGCUAGCCGAGAACAGCGGGAUUCAGGUGAUAAGCGCAAAAGAUAUCGGUAGCAUGGAACUUGUUGCGGGCACAUCGAUCUUCGAAACGAGUUUCUGCGACCGUGCGAAUGAUCAGCGGACGGAGAGUAUUCCAGGCAGGAGGUCGUUUAUGAACAACAUGAACAUUACUUGUGGCGAAUCGGGUCUCACUUUGGGCCAAGCACAGACGGAAAAUGUGAUGGAAAAGCUGGCCACAAGCACAAAAACAUUUACAUUGCACGACGUCGGCUGUGAGUUCGCAGUAAAGAGUGAAAAUAUCGGCACUGUCUGUAACCAAUGCCAUGGAAAGGGCAGGAUUAAGAACCUUUCAAUGGCUUUCUCCCCGAUUGAGAGUACGUCAGUAGACUACAGUAGAAAACCUUCAUUCAUCCAUCAGAGAGCAAGCACACCUAUUUCGAAGACUGCGGAAUGUCAGGUAGGUAUUCUGUUGCGACCAUCAACCAUUGAAAUCGGUAACAUUAGUGUUAAACCGAGAAACCGAAAAGUUGCCGAAUAUUUGGGCAUGAAUGUCGAUUCGGUGUUAUGUCCUGCAAGAGUGCAGAUGGUACCGGAGAUAAGAGAGGCACCAGGGAUAGAGGUCAUCAAUGUAACAGAUGUCACUCGUACGGAAGUUCAGGCGGGUGGAAUUGUUGUUGACGCGGACGUUCAAACUCGUCAAUCUCAGCAGUCAUCAAUUGCUACAGGUACUCAAAAGAAACCCCGCCUGCUGCUUAAUAUCAGGAACAACGGGAACGGUCUUACUAUUGGAAAUAGUUCAUCUCAUGUCACCAAGACGAAUGUUGCUACUGUUUGCGAUAGCUUCACUCUGAAUGACAUUGGUUGUGAAGUCGUGCUACGAAACUCAUCUAUUGGAGGUGUGUGUGCGUCAUGUCAAGGCAGUGGGAGGACGGUAUCUGUGUCCAUGAAGACGAUGCCGAGAGUGUUAGAGACGCAAGGUGUCGAAACCUCGCAUCAUUACAGUACAUUAAUGUCAAACUCGAUGAUGACCAAACCAGUCCUUUCAGAGACGAAAUCUUGUCAAGUUGGAACUGUCCUUACUCCUACCUGCGUAAAUGUGGCGAAAGUUGAAAUGCAUCCCAAAAACACGUCAGUCGUAUCGUCUGGCGCAAUCGUUUAUCCAGCAGCCGUUGAAGUUGAAAGUAGACUAUUGGAAACUUCUGGAAUACAUAUAAGAGAAGUAGCAACUAUGGACUCCAUAAAUAUUAAUUCGGGGGGGAAAUCGUACAUGGCAAGCACUCAGACAACGCCAAAAUCAAAAAUGGAGUCCUGUGUGCUAGAGAUUAGGUCAUUUCACCCAGAAGCUGUUAGUGGUGAGCUUGCCACCCAUCAAAUGGCAGCAGAAUCACUCGCCUCGACUGGGAAAUUUCACCUAAAAAGUAUUGGGUGCGAAUUUAGAUUAAAGAAUGCCACUUCUACUGCACCGUACCCACCUUCCUUAGCGGGCGCUUUAGAGUUCAGGGAGCCAGUGGAAGUUGGUUCAAAAAGGCCUACAGACUCACAAGGAACAGAUGCCUCCUGUCAAGUUGGGCUCACGCUGAUUCCAUCUACAGUAGAAGUGGCGGAUAUGACUGUGAGCGUCAGGGAUGAACACGUGGCGGCCAAUCUUGGACUAAAAGCCGAUGCGAUCAUUUGUCCGUCGACGAUAGAACUCGAAACUAAACUGACCGAGACUGCUGGAGUGACGGUAACUGAUGUUAAAGAUGUAAAGGAAAUUGGCAUUACUGUGGGAGACAGGAAGGGCAUUGUGGAUGUUAUAGGACGGAAGGUGAGAGUUCAAAAAGUGGGUGCUACCUCCAGGUCUAUGGAACCCAUUUACUUAAGCUUCACAUCUCGCUCACCUACGUGUGUACAAGACACUGAUGCAAAGUUUAGCAAAGCAUGGGAAACUACGACAACGCAAGUCCACAAGCCCAUCAUCAAUCAAGAUUUCCGGUGCACAUUUCGAAUAAAACAAACAAGUGAAUUGUCAAACCCGUCCCCAAUGUCAUCACCACAAGUGAAAUCUUUGCAAGUGAAUUCAGGGAAGGAGGAUGUCAGUUGCCAAGUUGGUGUCACAAUGGUUCCAUGUAAAAUUAAUGUUUCACCGAUUAAAGUUGUCGUGGAAGAAAGGUCCAGUGCUGACGCCAUGGGUAUCUCGGAACCAUCAGGUCUACAGCCGACCAUAUGCGAAAUGGAAUCGCGCAUCUCAGAAAAGUCGGGCAUCGCAAUUGCUCAAAUAGACACGGUAGAACAACUUCAGCUGCAAAUAAAAGACGAAAUCUACAAUGCAUCUGUUGUGGGAGGGAGUACCAAACCAAAGACAACUGCAACAACAAGUUCUUGGGCCUCCAAACCUACACCAAUCAGCAUCACCGGUUAUCCAAGGAUGGAUGUUCAUGUAACUUCCUCCAUUCAGCGGUCCGAUGUGGGCCUUUCUAACGCCAUCGGACCGUAUCUGGUGACGAUGAAGGAGAGUAGAGUGCAGAAAAAGAGUAUUCUGGAAGUAGGUGCACUCACACUUGGCGGAAAAAGUCUUCAGCUAAGCGUCGAUGGCGAUCUACGUGGAAAGUUGACAAUGCAGACAACUCGACAGCCAAGCAGUAGUGGACAAAAGCCAGCCAUCUACACAGACUCCUUCCAACGCCUUCGUUCACCCAUCAAUCCCGAAGACCGUCUACUUCCACGACGACCUAACUCCCGACUCUGUGAUGUAGCCUGUGAGGCUUUGAUCAAACCUGAAACAUUAGAAAAACGUCUACAAACAGUUUUUAUUUGA